ACCACCAACUUUACUAUUCCACUUUGAAUUCCCUAACAAAAGCUUCAUUCGCAUGGCAUUAACAACACAUUCAUAGCUCUCUCUCCCUUAAUCACAUCCAGGUUCAUUCAUUCAUCAUCAUCUUCUUCUUCUAUUCUAUUACCCUUUCACACUCUUCCUUUCAAUGCAUUCACUUUCUUCGCCAACACCAAUAUCUUCUUCUAUCGCAUCAUCCUUCCCCUGUUUCCUCUGUUCCUGUUGCUGCUGCACCGACCCAUAACCUCAAUUCCGUUCAAAAUACAACUUUUCCCUUUCCCUUUUCGGGUCGACCCAUGGAUGCUCAACCGGGUCUAUCUCUCGGGUUGAGUUCCCCGUUGUCAUCACCUGCGGCUCCACUGAGUGACAACUCGUUCUCGUUCAUGGCCAAUUCCACCCCUUCCGUUCCGUGGCGGUUACAUAAUGAAAGACACGAGAGCGUUCUGGUCAACGCCAAAGAAGAAGGAGACGAGGAGGGAGGAGGAGAAGAAGAAGAAAAUGAUGGUGGUGAUGAAACGAUCAACUUCAUGGAUCGGCGCGUGUGCGUGAAGAGGCAGAUAGAGGAACAGCACAUGUGUUUCCCUUCGAAGCGUGUGGCGGUGGAGUCAGUUGUGGGUUGGUGGAACCAGCCACUGGGUGUUGCAGAUCCUGAGAUUUUCGAAAUCAUGGAAAAGGAGAAGCUAAGACAGUUCAGGGGAAUAGAGUUGAUUGCUUCAGAGAACUUCGUGUGUAGGGCAGUGAUGGAAGCUUUGGGUAGCCAUUUGACUAAUAAGUACUCUGAGGGAAUGCCUGGUGCAAAGUACUAUACGGGUAAUCAAUAUAUUGAUCAAAUUGAGUUUCUUUGUUGUCAGCGUGCAUUGUUGGCAUUUGAUCUUCAUCCCAACAAUUGGGGGGUUAAUGUUCAACCUUAUUCUUGUACUUCUGCUAAUUUUGCUGUGUACACUGGCUUGUUGCAUCCUGGGGAUAGGAUCAUGGGUUUGGAUUCACCUUCUGGUGGGCACUUGAGUCAUGGGUAUUAUACUCUUGGUGGGAAGAAAGUUUCUGCUGCUUCUAUAUUCUUUGAGACUUUGCCUUAUAAGGUUAAUCCUCAUACUGGUUAUAUAGACUAUGAAAAACUUGAGGAGAAAGCAACUGAUUUUAGACCCAAGAUACUUAUUUGUGGUGGUAGUUCCUAUCCCAGAGAAUGGGACUAUGCCAGGUUCAGACAGAUUGCUGAUAAAUGUGGGGCGGUGUUGAUAUGUGACAUGGCUCAUAUCAGUGGUCUUGUGGCGGCUAAGGAAGUAGCUAGUCCAUUUGAUUACUGUGAUAUUGUUACCUCAACAACCCACAAAAGUCUCCGAGGUCCUAGGGGAGGUAUCAUCUUUUAUAGAAGGGGGACGAAACCAAGGAAGCAAGGCUUCAUUCUCAAUCACGGAGAUGAUAGUAAUUAUGAUUUUGAGGAGAAGAUAAACUUUUCUUUAUAUCCAUCAUUACAAGGAGGCCCCCACAAUAAUCAUAUUGCUGCUCUUGCCAUAGCUUUAAAACAAGUUGCAACUCCCGAGUACAAAGCAUACAUGCAGCAGGUGAAGAAAAAUGCGCAGACAUUAGCAUCUGCCUUGUUGAGAAGAAAUUGCAGAUUGGUGACUGGUGGGACCGACAAUCAUCUUUUGCUAUGGGAUCUAACAGCACUUGGCUUAAUUGACAGAAACUAUGAGAAGGUCUGUGAGGCGUGUCACAUCACUCUCAAUAAGUGUGCAAUUUAUGGUUCUAUAUCUCCUGGAGGAGUGAGAAUUGGUACUCCUGCAAUGACAUCAAGAGGUUGUUUAGAGGAAGAUUUUGAGACCAUAGCCGAUUUUCUUCUGAGGGCAGCUCAGAUUACCAGCAUUGUACAGAGGGAACAUGGGAAGUCAUGCAAAGAUUUUCUCAGGGGUCUUCAGAAUAAUAAAGAUAUUUCCGAGCUCAGAAGUCGGGUUGAGACAUUCAGUUCCCAGUUUGCAAUGCCAGGAUUCGAUACUUGAUUUCAAAGUGUAAAGCAGGCAUACAUCUAUUACACAGUUAUGUCACGUUGUGGCUUACCAUGUUUUGAAUUACUUUUGCAUGGUAAUCCAUCGGUUUUUUCCCCUUGUUUUUUUAUCUUUAUCAUAGUUAGCUUAUGUAAAGCAAGUAUCCAAAUGGAAACCGAAUCAUCAUGCAGCAGCCAUACAUCACACCUCGAGAUUGUAGAAAUUAUUCUAGGUCACUCUUUUCUUCAACCACAACUUUUGUGGCUACUUUUUGUUUAUGAAGAAACUUAAGUAAUUAUAUGAUACCAUUGUACAAGGAAUACGUCAAGGGAAGUGAUAGUAUUUAAUACCAUUGUAAACAUGAAGUGAUUUUAUUGUAUUUGGAUAUGCUUU